AUGUGCCUCCCGAUCGACUCCUGGUUCUGCAUGUCAAGCACCGUCAACGACGACUACCAUCAGCCCGCCCCGGCGAACAAGCAGCAGGGCCCGACGACGCAGCUUCCCGCGCAGCACAACGGCGGCGGCCACUACAACGGCAACGGCUACCCCGUCCACCACGCGCCUGCCGCCGCCGCCGAGGCGGACCGCAAGGCGUCCAACGACGUGAGGAGACGCCCCGCCCCCACGCAUGCCGUUCCCGCCGGCGUGCAGGAGAAGGCUGACGGGACGUUGAAGCAGCAGCCCACCGCCGCUAGAAACGGCAUGGUUGCUGCGGCCGAUGGAGCACGCGGCGUCGCCGCGCACAACAACUACUACUACUACGAGCCUGCCCACAGAGAGGACGCCGCCGCCGCCGCGGAUUUCUACCGCCGCCACCACCCGGCUGCCACGGCUACUGCCGAUCACGGAAGGUAUUAG